AUGGGCUCCACACAAUUCGGUAACUUCAAGCUUUUUGUCGACAACCAGCCUCCCAGCGUAAACUACGGCGGAUGUGCGCUCCACGGUAUCGAUUUGAGCGGUAACCGAUACCUCGCAAACUUAGGGUCCAUUUUGUUCGCCGUUAUCGCCAUCUUGGUGUCGCUUUAUUUGCUAUGGAGGUCGGACAAGAAGCACGCUGCCGUCGGGCGUCGUGAGAUGCAACUGUUCCUAUUUGGAUUUAUCAUUAUCGAGAUCUGUGAGAUUUUCACAGUGGGUGGGCUUCCGAUUGAGGAUUCAGUGCGCAAGGGUUUCUCGGCAAUUCAUAUUGGAGCAAUUACGGCAACUUGUUGGAUCCUCCUGCUUAACGCAUUUGUAGGGUUCCAGCUACUUGAUGAUGGCACGGGGGCAUCGAUUGGCUUAAUUUGCGCAUCGGCCCUUGCGCUCUUCAUCGGUAGCGGGUACAUUGCUCUGGACACGGCCUUCGACUGGUCUGGCCAUUUCCAGGCGAGCUCAGCCUCGAACUACCGCAACAUCGCUAUCUACGUCUUGUACCAACUGUUCCCGUUGGUGUGUUUGGUGGUGUUUUUCGUUCUCGAGGCUGUGCUGGUUCUGCGGAUCCUGGGGGAGUUCCGGCCCAUGCUUUAUUUAACCGGCGCUGCGCUCCUGUUCGCCAUCGGCCAGAUCUUCCAAUAUGUGAUUAGUGUUCAUCUCUGCAACGCAUCCAAUGGCAAGAUCAACGGAACUCUAUUCGAGACUCUUUUCACGCUUCUCUCCGUUAUUGGUGUCUGGGCCUUCUGGAGCAGCAUCACAGAAGAUGACUGGCCUUUGCCCGUCGGUGGAUACAAUUAA